AUGGGUUGCUGUUGCGAAUGGCGGGCCCCCAAGCCGCUGCGCUACGUGCUACCGUGCGUAAUCAUAUGGGUGAUCGUGUACUUGUACUCUUCCUUCGUGAUCUUCGCACAUGCACGUGUGCUUACGGGUGGCGCGUCUCCUUGGGAGCUAUAUCUCUUUCACUGCUUGACGUUCCUCCUGUGCUGGUCACUGGUGCAGACGCUGCAGUCUGGAGACUCAUUUCUAGCUCGACGGACGCUGAGCAAACCUCAACUACAAGAACUGGCAGCCACACAAUCGACAGAUUGCGAUGACUCACGAGUCGAAAGCAAAAUGAAUGGCGGCGUUCGCACUUGUCGCAAGUGUCGCGCACAGAAACCGGAUCGAACCCAUCACUGCAGCACAUGUCGACAAUGUGUGCUCAAGAUGGACCAUCAUUGCGUCUACAUAAACAAGUGCAUUGGGUACUUCAACUACAAGUUUUUUGUACAAUUUUUGGGCUGGAGUGCAAUUACAUGUUUGUAUCAAAGCAGUCUUCUAUUCCGCUAUGUGUUGACUGAGACUUUUGUCCACUUUGGCAAGUUGGAGCUCUUGAACCCUCGCGUACAGAUUGUAAGCGUAUUCUUUGGCAGCACGUGUUUGGGACUGGCAUUGGCUUGCUUCUAUAUGAUGCAUUUGUACUUGGUAGCCAACAAUUACAGCACCCUCGAGUACUGCGAGAAACGUGAUGACCCAGACUAUGUCAACUACUACAACGUAGGCGUGCUACAGAACUUUCAGGAGGUAUUCGGUACCUUCCAUGAGUUCCCAUACUGGUUUGUACCAAUCCACAGUCCUAGCUUUCAAAAGCGGGAUGGGAAGACUUUUCCACUGAACAAGUUUACUAAAGCCGACUAG